CUGCAGUCGCCUCGGACCCCGGGUCCGAGCGUCCACCGCCCGCUCCCCCCGACCUUUGACUUCGGCUUCCGCCCGCGUAGCCUCAUGAAGCCACUCGUCGUGUUCGUGCUGGGCGGGCCCGGCGCCGGCAAGGGCACCCAGUGCUCCCGCAUUGUGCAGAAAUAUGGCUAUACACACCUUUCUGCAGGAGAUCUUCUUCGUGAUGAGAGGAGUAAGCCAAAUUCUCAGUAUGGAGAGCUCAUUGAAAAGUACAUAAGAGAAGGACAGAUUGUGCCAGUUGAGAUAACCAUCAGCUUGCUAAAAAGGGAAAUGGAUCGAACAACGGAGGCCAAUGCUCAGAAGAAUAAAUUCUUGAUUGAUGGGUUUCCUCGAAAUCAGGACAACCUUCAAGGCUGGAACAAGACCAUGGAUGGCAAAGCAGAUGUAGCUUUCAUUCUGUUUUUUGACUGUGAUAAUGAGAUCUGCAUUGAGCGCUGUCUUGAGAGGGGUAAGAGCAGCGGCAGGAGUGAUGACAACCGAGAAAGCCUAGCAAAGAGAAUUCAGACCUAUCUGCAGUACACUAAGCCCAUUAUUGACCUCUAUGAGGAGAUGGGGAAGGUCAGGAAGGUGGAUGCCUCUAAGUCCGUGGAUCAGGUGUUUGAAGACGUCUUGAAGAUCUUUGACAAAGAAGGCUAAUUUUUCUCCAUGGAUCAUGCCUGACCCUCGCUUCGAUAGCUGCUACUUCAGUCUACCCUUUGUUUAAAGAAGUUUUUUAAAUGUUGUCAUUAUGUCUCAAUGGAUGACUGGAAAAUAAGAUAGUAAUUAAGUGAAAAAAAAUUUUUUUACAGCAGUCAUUUUACAUGACUCCAGUAGACAGUAACUUCAGGGCCCUGCUUAGUGUUAGUGAAGGCUUUCACCCAGCAAAGAAGGCCCUCCCUUCCUCUCCUGCUUGUACCUUCUGGAGCCAAGCUUGUUCUGAGUGUCCAAGUGGAGCGACACGAUGGUCCCCAAUUGCUUUUCCAAGCAGCCAGUUAAAAAGCAGUCACCACCCGCUAUGUGGAUCCGUGGACCAAAUGUCAGGAAUCUUCAGGAAGUUGCUGUUUGCUUCUUUUUUUUUUUUUGUAAAUGAAGUGAGAAAACAACGCCGUGGGGUUGUUUUCAUGUUUGUUACUUUUAACUGACCAUAGGAAAUCUGGACCGGAUUUGAACCUCCUUGGCUCUUGGCCAUGAGUAGUGGGAGAGAGGGGUGGGCUCGAGGUUCCAGGGCUUCAGGCCUUCAGGCCAUCUUGAUUCAGUCAUGACCCAAGGCCAUCGCAGGUGGAGGGGGGAGGGAACGGAUCUUUCCAGACUGACUCAGCCUACCUCCUCCUGGUUCAAAGGAACCUCAGCAAAAUUCCUUGCCAGUGACAAACCUGAAAACAUGUGCUGGGGGUAAGGGAAAGGGAGAUUUUCACCAGUUUGAUUUUUGGAACACUUAAAAGAGAUUUGGGGUCUUCGGAAUAAUAACAAGGUCUGGUAUUGGCUGGAGGGGGGAAUUUCUCUUAAAGUUUGAAUUUGAAAUUUGUUUUGUUUUCUUGGUGGGUGGGUUCAUUUUUUUUCAUAGUUAUUUGUUUAAAAGGAUUUUUCCAAAAAUAAUUGCACUUUGGUUUGUUCAGGAAAACAGUAAAUAAAUAAAUACAUCUUAUAAGUGUU